CUCUCCUCUUCUAACUCCAAAAUAGUUCCCAAACAUAGCAAAAUGUCAUAUUCGGUUAUUAUCCCAUAUCCCUUUCUCUUUUAAAAGAAGGAUAUAUUCGAAACUCGAUUGCCCAUUUGCUACCCAAGAGUUGACCACCAAAGUAGACUCUCUGUUUUCAUUAGCUUAGCAAGCUUGACGAUGGCAGAUGCAGCAGUUCACCACCAAACCCAACCCAUCAGAGAAAUAGCCAUAGACUACACUCCAGAGGCCUGCACCCACUGCCCUGUCUCCAACUCCAUCGCACUUACCUUUGAUCACCGUGGAGGCGCCAGGUGGCGUUCCACCACUCGCUUCCUCUAUGGCACUUUCAGUUCCCUCAUCCAAUGCCCCAAAGGCAACACCAGCGGUCUCAACUUCAACAUCUAUGUUUCCUCCCUUGAAGGAGACAAAUCCCAGGACGAGAUCGACUUCGAGUUCCUUGGCAAAGACAAAACCAUUGUCCAAACCAAUUACUACACUACAGGUACUGGGAAUAGAGAGCAGAUUCAUGAUCUGGGUUUUGAUUGCUCUGAUGGGUUCCAUGAAUACACGAUCAAGUGGAAUCCGGAUUCUAUAGAGUGGCUGAUUGAUGGGAAAGUGGUGAGGAGAGCAGAGAAAAAGGAAGGUGAGGCACUUCCUGAGAAACCUAUGUUUUUGUAUGCUUCGGUUUGGGAUGCAAGCUACAUUGCUGAAGCGAAGUGGACUGGGCCUUACAUUGGUUGUGAUGCACCCUAUGUUUGCCUCUACAAGGAUAUUCAGGUGCCUGUUGCCACUUCUGUGGAGUGUUCUAGUGCUUCGUGACUUGGCUUCUUGCUCUUGUUGAGUUGGCUGUUUGAGUGGCUGUUGUUUCUUGAACUUUUGUAUUCAAGUAUUGAUCCUUCAAAUUGUGAUUUAAUUGGAUCUUUCGUAUUUUGAUGGGCAUUUCCGGGUCUUCUUGUACUACCUAUCUAGAUGCAUUGUGUACGUUGUAGUUUUUACUCCGCUGGUUGGCGAUAAACUGAUAAUAAUCUCAUUUUGCUUCACAUA